AUGUUGACGUACACUGCGGGACGUUGGCGCGGUUUAAUCCAAACCCGGCUGUUGUUCGUGUGUGCGGUUUGUAAUUUUCACUUGAAGAAAUGUCCGAACAGCAAAUAUACAGCUACGAAAACGACUGCAAACCUGACGAAAACAGGAACAGAGGCGCUUCACGAUGGUCCCAGUGUAGGAAGCGGGGAGCAGAUGGUAGUCUGAGGAAAGCUCAAGCUGAAGAAGAUCAGAGAUGUUCACGCCGACCCGAGAGUUUCACGACCCCGGAGAGCGAAGGGCCGGUGUCGAGAGUGAGGAACUGGGGCGACGAGGUGGAGGCCGAGGAGAUGCGCUCAGACGUGCGGCGCGACAUGCAUCGAUACAGGAGGAGGAUUCUUGCAGUCGAUGUUCCUCAAAGAGACAGAAAACACUCAUCUGGAAGUUCCGACUCCAGAGACUCACGGGACUCUCGAGACUCUUCGGCUAAAGGCGAGAUGGAGACCGACGAGGCCGUACUCGUGCGCCGCCAGAAGCAGAUCAACUACGGGAAGAACACUCUCGCGUAUGACCGAUACAUCAAAGAAGUGCCCAAGCCAAUGAGAGAGCCGGGCGUUCAUCCAAAGACUCCAAACAAGUUUAAGAAGUACAGCCGGCGCUCGUGGGACCAGCAGAUCAAGCUGUGGCGGGUCAAGCUGCACGCCUGGGACCCCCCCGCCGGAGACCUGCAGCAGAUAGAGGAGAUUGACCUGGGUGAGAUCAUGGACUUCGAGUUGGACGUGGAGUGUUCUGCGGAUCCCGAAUCCCAGUGUCCGACAGCCAACGCGGCGCCGCAGUCCCUGACACAGGACUCAUUCACAGGAACCCCUAAGAAGAUGAUGAAGAUGGAGGAUGCGGAGAUGUGCUGAGAGCCGAGUCUCCGAGGGAUCCCGAGCAUCUGGACCGGUUUAAUGCACUGUUCGUCUCACUGUUGGUUUGAGGAUUAGACCGCGGUGUGUGAUCCACUGGUGGUGUCGUCCUCGCCCUCGUCACCGACUCCACCGGUUUAUUUUUUUGGGUCUUUGAAAAGAAAAUGUAAAUGUGUAAAUUGUGGUGUUCUGUGGUGGUCGUCCAGCGCUCAGUGAACCUCGUGUAUUUAUCAGCAAAUUUACAAUGUUUUAAUGUUUUUUUAAAAGAAUUUCUUUUUUUGAUUUGUUAAUUUCUAUUUUAUUAAGAACCUUUUGAAAAUAAAUAUUAAACUGGAAUGACCAUA